CCAGCUAGUGACUGCUGUUAUCAAGAUGGCGCUGCGACCGGGAUCCGGGGGAGGCAGCAGUUUCAUGUAUCCUGUGGGAGGGGGAUUGGGUCCACCACAAGGAAUGGUGCCCAUGCAGCAACAGCAGCAGCAGCAGCAGCAGCAACAGGGCUUCCCCAUGGUUCCAGUCAUGCAGCCCAACAUGCAAGGCAUGAUGGGAAUGAACUUCGGGGGACAGAUGCCCCCGGGCGCCAUCCCUAUGCAGGGCGGGAUGGCGAUCGGGAUGCAGACCCCGGGGAUGCAGUUUCUGGGUCAGCCGCAGUUCAUGGGGAUGCGACCUGCUGGGCCGCAGUAUACAGCGGACAUACAGAAGCAGAUGGCUGAAGAGCACCAGAAGCGUCUGGAGCAGCAGCAGAAGAUGCUGGAGGAGGACAGGAAGAGGAGGCAGUUCGAGGAGCAGAAGCAGAAGCUGCGGCUGCUCAGCAGCGUCAAACCCAAGACGGGGGAGAAGAGCCGUGACGACGCCUUGGAGGCAAUCAAAGGCAACCUGGACGGCUUCAGCAGAGACGCCAAGAUGCACCCCACUCCAUCAUCACAGUCCAAGAAGCAAGACUCAUCGCCAUCACACCCGUCAGUCUCCACUCACUCCCUCCCCCCUGCUUUGUCUGAGGAUAAGGAUGAGUUUAGUGACUUUCAGGGGCCCCUAGAUGGCCCCGCCCCCUUCCCUCCGCCCUCCUCCUCCUCCUCCUCCUCCGCCGCCCUCGGCCUCUCCUCUCAGGCCGAUGCACAGCCUCUGUCCUCGGCCCCCAGGACAGCUUUCCCUGCAGACGAGGAUGAAUUUAGUGACUUUGUUCAGGGACCUGUAAACGCGUUCCCCUCCUCCGACUUCCACCUCUCCUCUCAAGCCCCGGCUCAGCCGUCGCUCCCCCCCUCACAGCCCCCCCCACAGUCCGUCCCCACGCCUGUAUCCACACACACUGCCUCCCAGCACUCUGCUGUCAGCACCAGCUCCCAAUCUACAUUUCAAGGCCCGUCCCUGGAAGAGAAGCUGUUCUCCUCCUGCGAUCUCACCGCAGAUAAGAUGGCCCACAUUAGCUUUAAAACCAAGCAGAGCUUGGCUGGGAUGGCUCCCCGAGCUAAAGUUUCAGCCCAGUUUCAGCCCAGCUCGAAAGCCAGGAACUGGGCGGCGGCCCCGAAGGACUUGAGUUCUGUCUUCGCCACUGAAAAGCCCCCCGAGUGUGCGGCGCCGGCCCCCAGCCGCCCCCCGCCUCCCCAGCCCGGUGGCGACAGCGCAGGUGUUGGCGUCUAUCCACAACAAGAGCACAUCCAGCCCAUGCUGCCAGCCUGGGUUUACAAUGACAGUCUGGUUCCAGAAAUGUUCAAGAAGGUUCUGGAAUUCACCAUGACACCGGCAGGGAUCGACACCGCCAAGCUCUACCCGAUCCUGAUGUCGUCGGGCCUUCCCAGGGAGGCGCUGGGGCAAAUCUGGGCUUCGGCCAACCGCACAACACCUGGCAUGCUGACCAAGGAGGAGCUCUACACCGUCCUGGCACUAAUUGGUGUGGCACAGAGCGGCCUCCCGGCGAUGAACGUGGAGAUCCUGGGCCAGUUCCCCUCUCCCCCGGUGCCCAACCUGCCGGCCCUGGCCCUGGCCCUGGCCCCCGUCCUCCCCCAGCAGCCCAUGAUGGCUCAGCCGCCGGUCUCCAUGGCCAUGGCCAUGCCCACGCCGGCGCCGCCCGUCAUGGCCAUCACGCCCGCAGCGGCGCCGCCCCAACCGCCCACAAACACCAACUUCAUCGCCAGUUUCCCUCCGGCUCAGGCGAACAAGACCGAGGACGACGACUUCCAGGACUUCCAGGAAGCUCCCAAACUGGGGACGGGGGAGCAGGGCUUCGCUGACUUCCAGGGGGAAUCCGGAGCAAGUUUCCCCAGCAUCAUCACGUCUCAGCACCAGAACAGCAUGCCCGCCAUGCUGACUCCAGUGUCGGGCUCCUCCUCGGCCUCCGCCGCCUCCUCCGAUAAGUACGCCGUGUUCAAGCAGCUGUCGGCGGAUCAGCCGGCGGAGUCUGCGCCCGCCCCCUCAGAUAUCGGAGACAAAUACAGUGUGUUCAGACAGCUCGAACAACCUGCAGACAAGAAACCAGUCGGGGAAGGAUUUGCAGAUUUCAAGUCUGUCAGCGCUGAUGAUGGCUUCACAGACUUUAAAACCGCCGACAGCGUCUCUCCUCUAGACCCGUCGGAUCAGGCCAAGAUCUUCCAGCCUGCCUUCUCCUCUGCUUUCCCAAACUCUCAGUCUCUACAGCAACUCCCUCAGCAGCAGCAGCAGCAGCCAGCAGUGUCUCUUUCUCAGCCCAAAAACCCUCUCAACAUGGCCGACCUGGACCUUUUCUCUUCCAUGGCGCCGACAGUUUCAGCCGCCACGGAGACCAAGUCCAGCUCCUUCCCCUCGGUCUCCGUGCCCCCUUCCGCCGUCCUCCUGCCGGGGGGAGCCAAGCCCCCCGGAGGAGGGACGGAUGACUUUGGUGACUUUACCCUGUUCGGCUCCUCCUCCGACGCCACCCCGGCCCCGGCGGCGGCGGGCGGAGCCGUGACGGCUCCUCAGGACGACUUUGCGGACUUCAUGGCUUUCGGCAGCUCCGGCGGGGAGCCGAAAGGCGAGGGCGGCGCGGGAGCUCAGGGAGAGAGCGCCACGCAGCAGCGGCCGCAGCACGGCUCGGACAAGUACGACGUGUUCAAGCAGCUGUCUCUGGAGGGCGGCCUCGCCUACGACGACAACAAGGAGAGCGGCGGCGGCUCCUUCUCCUCCCUCAAGAGCGACACGGACGACUUCGCCGACUUCCAGUCCUCCAAGUUCUGCACGGCCCUGGGGGCUUCGGAGAAGACCCUGGUGGACAAGGUGUCCGCGUUCAAACAGGGCAAGGAGGACUCGGCCUCCGUCAAGUCCCUGGACCUGCCGUCCAUCGGCGGCAGCAGCGUGGGGAAGGACGACUCGGAGGACGCGCUGUCCGUGCAGCUGGACAUGAAGCUGUCGGACAUGGGCGGAGACCUGAAGCACGUGAUGUCCGACAGCUCCCUGGACCUGCCGGGCCUGUCGGCCCACCAGCCGCCCGCUACAGAAGGAGACGACAUGAAAUUUGACCCGUUCGGGACGUCGGCCCUCAGCACCCUGGCCAGCUACGACUGGUCGGAGCGGGAGGAGGGCGUGGCCGGCGAGGUCAGGAGGCCGCAGGGCCCGGACGCCGCGUCGCUGCCAUCGCUGGCGCCGGCGCAGAGGAAGGAGCUGACCUUUGGCAGCAGCGAGAACGUCGCCGGCGGCCCUGCGGCAAAGACCAGCGGCUCCCUCCCCGCCGCCGACGCCCCGCCUGCCCGUGGCUUCGAAGCCUUCGCCGACUUUGGCUCCGGUCACCGGGGCGGCGGCGGGGACGACGAGGACGACUUUGGAGACUUUGCGAGUACCGUGUCUGAGAAGUCCGACUCUCCCGCCGCCGCCGCCGAGGCGGGCUCGGAGGGGAACCAGAGCGAAGCGCCGGACGACUUCGGCGCCUUCCAGGGCGACAAGCCCAAAUUUGAGAAGUCUGACUUCCUGAAAGCCAGCGCGCAGGCCAAAGUCAAGUCCAGCGAGGAGAUGAUCAAGAACGAGCUGGCGACCUUUGACCUGUCCGUUCAAGGCUCGCACAAACGCAGCCACAGCCUGGGCGAGAAGGAGAUCGGGCGCUCGCCGCCGUCCCCGGCCCCGGAGCAGCCCUUCAGAGACCGAUCCAACACCCUGAGCGAGAAGCCCGCCCUGCCCGUCAUCAGGGACAAGUACAAGGACCUGACGGGAGAGGUGGAGGAGAGCGAGCGCUACGCUUACGAGUGGCAGAGGUGCCUGGAAAGCGCUCUGGAGGUCAUCACUAAAGCCAACAACACCCUGAACGGCAUCAGCAGCUCGUCCGUCUGCACCGAGGUCAUCCAGUCCGCCCAGGGCAUGGAGUACCUGCUGGGCGUGGUGGAGGUGUACCGGGUGACCCGGCGGGUGGAGCUGGGCAUCAAGGCCACGGCGGUUUGCUCCGAGAAGCUGCAGCAGCUGCUGAAGGACAUCAGCCGCGUGUGGAACAACCUCAUCGGCUUCAUGUCGCUGGCCAAGCUCGCCCCUGACGAUUCCUCCCUGGACUUCUCCUCCUGCAUCCUGAGGCACGGCAUCAAGAACGCCAAGGAGCUGGCCUGUGGAGUGUGUCUGCUCAACGUGGACGCUCGCAGCAAGAGAAAAGAAGAAAGCAAACUGGGACGUCUGUUGAAACGAGCCUUCAACUCGGAGACGGACAACUUCAAGCUGCUGUACGGCGGCCACCAGUACCACGCCAGCUGUGCCAACUUCUGGAUCAACUGUGUGGAGCCCAAACCUCCGGGACUCAUCCUGCCCGACCUGCUGUGAGCCGCCCAGAGGGGCCGGACCCCCCCCCCCCCCGAUCUGCCCCCCCUCCCCCCUGUCUUUAUCCCCUCAAACUGCCAGGCCCGCUGUGGAGCUCAUCUGACUUUUUCAUGAAUGAUUUUCUACCGAUGACCACUGCAGACGUCCGCCAGUCUUUCCUAACUCUCACUCUUAACUCAGUCCUAUUUAUUAUCUGUGCAAUAUGAUUGAAGACACUGGCAGAGGCCGUCUGUGAACACCCGACCGCCCCGCGCAGCUUUGCUUAACUUUGAACUUUAUUUAUGAGUGCGUUUGUCGGCACGCUGUUCCACUGUUGUACUUGAAUCAUGUCUGAAACCGAGGCUGUGGAGGUUUUUAUCAUGUCUGAAGAUCUUCAGCAUCUCUCUCUCUCUCUCUCUCUCUCUCUCUCUCUCUCUCUCUCUCUCUCUCUCUCUCUCUCUCUCUCUCUAUUGUGUUGAUUGAACUGCUUUGAAUGUGUGUUUGCACUGUUUGGAGGAAGCCUCGGCGCCUCUCCGGGUGUGUGAAGUGUUUUCUUGGCGUUUGGAGGCGGCCCCGUGUCGGACCGGGGGACUUGAAGGGAACCGUAGUUUUUCUCUCCCUGUGUUUUGUGCUGAGCUGAAGGUCUUGAUGAAGUUAUCUCUGAACUGAAACUGCAGCGUCUUCUGUAUAUUACAGUGUCCUGCUGGAGCCUUGUCCUUACCACCAACUGCAAUGUGAACUUACUGUAAAUAAAUGAGUGUAAAGCUCCUCUGUU